AUGGACGAGAUCUUUGGCCCAGUGCUGCCCAUCCUGCGGGUCAACAGUGCAGACGAAGCAAUCGAGUUCAUCAAUCAGAGGGAGAAGCCGCUGACAUUGUACGUGUUCUCAUCACGGCAGAAAGUGAUAGACCAUUUCAUGUAUGAAACUACAAGUGGCAGCAUGUGUGCCAACGACACCCUGGUUCAUCUGUCUGUGGACACGCUGCCCUUUGGUGGAGUAGGCCAGAGUGGCAUGGGUCGCUACCACGGCAAGUACUCCUUUGACACCUUCUCCAACAAGAAGGCGGUGCUGGUGCGCUCUUUCAACCCCAUCGGAGAGGCAUUCGGCCGUAAGCGUUAUCCUCCACUAGACGACUUCAAGAUUGCCUACUUCCGGCAGCUGCUGCUCAAGCGAGGUUCUCCAUUUGGCACUGGGCUGCUCAGCUGUGCCCCCUACCUGUGCGUCUUUGUGCUGGGCGUCGCCUCGGCCUUCCUGCUUCGAUAUCUGUUCCAUGGUAGCAGCAAGCUGCCACAGAGGCGCCACUGACACCAGAGUUUACUUUGAGCAGAAGCAGUGAAUGCAAGAUGCUGGGCACUGAAAUUUGAAAACAACCAGAGGACACCAACAUUCCUGCAGUGUCAGUGGCACGAAGUGGAGAAUUCUAUUCCAUUUUUUUUUUAUUGUAACCGAAUUUGACUUCCAUGCAAGAGAGAAGACAGCAGGUGGACAUAAUUUAGGCAGAUCAACAUUCCUACUAAUUCCCAUUUUUGGUUCACAGAAUGAUAUGCCCAGAAUUUCGAUAAAGCCAGAAAAAACAGCUAGCCAUUCAGCACUGCUUGAACAUCUAGACAUUUCUUGAGGUGAAAACAAAGAUUGAGUUACUCUUCA